GUACAAAUGUAUAUAAAUAGUAAAGGAAAAACAUUGAUAAGGACGUUACUGUCAUUUCUUUAUUUCUUAAACAUUUUCGAUACGAAAUGGAUAUAUUCACUUGUGUUUUCUGUACCUCUUGUCUAUUACUCGGGUGUUCUCCGUUAACUGCGGCAUAUUUCAACAAAAUAGGUCACAUGAAAACAAAUCACAGAGUAGAUAUUUUAUAUAAGAGCCAAGAAGACUUUCCUGAUACAAUCCGAAUGGUUUUAACAUCCCCACAAACAAGAUUGAUGUUAAAUUAUACAAAAACUUCAGACCAAUUCAAUAUUCCUAUACAUGUUUUCAACGAGAACCUUAAUCUCUAUGACGUUUUGGAUUUUGGUGAAACAAAGGAUUCUCUGAUAUAUGAAGACAAAGUUCAUGAGACAUUAUUAACAUUCCACUGCCAUAAUUUUGAACCACAUUUCAAACAGCCUUGUAUGUUUCAGUCAGUUUUUGGAAUUUUUUAUUUGGAUGGACACCAGCAUUUUAUUCAGCCUGAAAACUUUGAUAAAGAAUUAUGGAGGCAGGCAACAAGGAAAAACCGAAAGAAAACCUACAUUCUUCCACAUAAUGUUUAUAAAACAGUCAGUUCCCAAAAUCAUUUUUGCAGCUUGAAAAAUUAUGAUGCAUUAAAUUUAAACAAAUUACAAAAUUCUGCUCCUCGUAUCAAACGUGCAUUACAGUCAACUCCUAAAAUGUAUACAAUUGAAGUUUUGGCACUUGUGGACGAAAGAAAAUGGGUUGAAAACAAAACUUUUGAUGAAGGACUUAAGGAAAUGCAGAUAUAUAUUGCUCAUGUCUUUAAAGGGAUUGACAACUUGUACAGAAAUAUACAAGACAAGGACGUCAGUUUUUCUGUCAAGCUGAUGGGUAUUGUUGCACUUCAAGGUAAAGCUGAUAAAUAUUAUCUGAAAGAUCAAAAGGGCAAAUUUUAUAUCAAUGGUACUCACACACUAGAUAUUCUCGCUGAAGAAGUGAAAAAUGAUUUCUCCAGUUUUGACCAUGUUGUUAUGUUUUCACCAUACAAAAUUUCAGCUGGUGUUUCUUCAACUGUUGGGAUAGCAAAUGUUGGGGCAAUGUGUACAGUGCGAAGUGCUUCUGUUGUUGUUCAAAAUGGAGGUUUCACAGAAGUCUUAAUUGCUGCUCAUGAAAUUGGACACAGUUUGAGCAGUAAACAUGAUGGAGAAGACAAUGAUUGUCUUGAGAGUGAUUCCUAUAUUAUGUCAGCAAGUGUUGUGAAUAAUCAAUCAACAUCACAAAAACUAAACAGUUUUCUAUUCUCUAGCUGUAGUAUCAAUACAAUGAAAAGAUUUGUGCAAGAUCUGUCAAAUAAAUGCUUGGAAAAUUCAGGAAAACUAUUUCAUGAUAUACCCACUGUUGGUAGACCUACUGGACAAGUCUACAGUCCUCAAGAACAAUGCAGGACGUUCACUAGUUCUGCAGGACUUUGCCCGUUAGCUUUCAAUCAGAGUCUAUCUCAGCUGUGUUUAAAUUUACAAUGUCUGCAAGGUGCCAAUUCCUGUAGCGAGCAACAUGCUGCACAUAAGACAUCAUGUGGAAAUAAAAAGUGGUGCGUAUCUGGAAAAUGCGUAUAUGAUAUCACAGCCCCUAAAAUGGAUGAGAAAUGUCCAUUUGGAGAUAAUGAGAAUCUUCGGUUUACGGUGAAAUUUACAGGCAGUGACAAAAUGAUUGUACCAUCGAACUGUACACAACUUUUAGAAUUGGCUCCAGAAUUUUGUGAUGUGAACUUACAAAAGGCCCAUUGCUGCAAAGCAUGUAAUUCAAACAAAGAAGGAACCACAAAUUCUGCUGCUGCAAAUCUGAUGAAAUUUUGGUGCUUCAUUAUUUUGAUAACAUAUGUAACAUUGUUUUAUGUCUUCUAACUAAAGUAAAGAAACAACAGAUGAACAGUAGUUGUGUGUAUAAGUGGAUGCAUAUUCCAGUUUUUAACUGAUGUGUUGUGUGUGUGUGUAUGUUCAUAAACAGAUAUAAUUUUAAACUAUAUUGUUGUGUAUAUGUAUAUCUAAAUGAAUGUAUAUUUGUUUUAAACUAUAAACUAUAAGCGAUGUAUAUGAAUGUAUAUUCCAGUUUUAAACUAUAUUGGUGUAUGUGUAUACAAGUGAUGUAUAUGAAAGUACAUUCCAGUUUUGAACUAUAUUAGUGUAUAUACGUUUCAAUAAGUGAUGUAUUGUUGUCAGCUAUGUCAUGAAAUGUAUAUUAGUGUUUUAAACUAUAAUGGUAUAAGUGUAUGUAGUGAUGUAUAUUGCUGUCAAUUAUAUUAUUGUGUAUAUAUGUCUCCUAUUUAAAACUACAUUGUUGUAUGCAUGUUUUUACUAUGGCUGUAUUAACUGGAGAGGCCUAUUUGCAAGUGCCUCAAUCCAUCAAUAAUUAUUAUAUUUUUCAUAGAUCUCACUUGCUUUUCAAUUAUAAAUAUAAAUCAAGAAUCAGAGAUUGAGUUAGCUGGGUGUGGUCAGUAUUGGCAAAAAUUAUGUGAGAGUGAUAAAGAAUCGCCCUUAAAUCACUUUUCCCUCUGAAAAUACAAUUUUUUUUUUAUCGCAAAUAUUCUUCCCAUGGUUUUGAAGUGUAAAAAAAAUUGGCCAAAAUAGGUCCAGAGUGGAAUGAUGAGGGAGGGGUGUAAAAAAAAGAGUUUACAAAACUUUUUUCAUACAAGGAUGCCCCCACUCCCAUCAUUUCGAAGGCUGUGGUUUAAGAAAAAUGAGGAAAAUCCCUGAAAAACUUUCCUUUCCCCACAAAUUUCUUUAUAAUUGUAAUCUAUGCUGUUUGAAAGGGAUUUGCAUAAAUUUUCAUUAAAAGAUACCCAUCUUCCUGAAAGUUAUGAGUAAAAGAGUCCUCUCUCCUCACCCCAUCGGAAAAAUUCUUUCUCCGUAAAUCCCUAUAUACUCUGAAGCCACAACAUCUAAGCGGUAUUUGUAGAAAUUUUGUUAAAAAGUAUCCAUUUUUCUGGAUAUAAUGAGGCAACAAAGUCGGGGCUGUAUACAUCUGUAGUAAUGCCCUUUUAUUUAUACGAUUUUUUCAUUUCAUGCUUAUUUCAUACAUUGUUUGCAAUGUUCUCUCUCUCACACACAUACUGCAAAGCUUGCAAAUGGGCUGCUGAAUUAAAAUCUCUAUGUUGCUUUGAGGGGAAGGUAAACUUGACAAACUACUUCUCCCUCUGUUGUUGGACUAUCGUGAAGCUUGUUUAAAAAAAGAGAGAUUAUGACUGAUAAAAUAGUGAAAGCAAUAUUUACUAAGCAAGUGAGCACUAUUAUACAAAGAAAUAAUUAGCUGUAAAAUAUAAAAAUUAUUAGAAAUGUGAAUCAAAUGUUAAAAUAUUAUCAAGUGGCUAGCAAAAAACCACCCAGAGAGUGGUCUUUCUGCUAGUAAUAAUAAUAAUAAUAAUAAUAAUAAUAAUAAUAAUAAUAAUAAUCCUUUCUACUGGAAGCACAAGACCUCAAAUUUUGGGGAAGGGAUUAAGUCAAUUACAUCAACCCAGUGCAUAACUGGUACUUAUCUAAUUGACUCCAAAAGGAUGAAAGGCAAAGUCAAGCUAGGCAAAAUUUGAAACUGAUUGGAAGGGUUAUCAUGUACAUGUUUUGACUUGGUGCAAAAAAUGGGCUACCGCAAAUAUUCUACUCAAUACUGCAGUUGUCAGUUGUUUGAUCUUAACCAGUUGAACAUGUCCCUUGGUGGCUGACGAUAUGCACAUCUUUGAUCAUAAGCAGCAGUGGGGGAACAUCAUAGCAAUUCUUUGAGAGCAAUUCUUUGAGAGCAAUUCUUUGGGGUUUGAAUAAUUCACCUCUGGAAACAUAGUUCAACAUCCUUAACCCUUAUUCAGGGACCUUUUAAGUGGGAUGAGCAGGAAAAUAAUUCUAACUGGGCCCCACUUGCAAGGUCAUAUCUUGAUAUGAGAUCACCAUGUUGAACAUGUAUGGUUGUGAUGCAUGUGUUUGGUCUUCAGGUAGUCAUGAGGAGUAUACUGGGCUUUAUAUAUUUUACCCCAGUGUCACUUUGAUGGCAUGCACUGCUCUGUCACUCAAUAAUAAUAAGAAUAAUAAUAAUAAUAAUAAUAAAUACUCUGAUGCAAUACCAGGCACUGGCUCUCAAUGCUUUCGAUCUUAACUGAUUGGAAGUGUUAUCAUGUACAUGUUUUGUCUUGGUAUAAAAGAUGGGCUACAGUAAAUAUUCUGCUCAAUACCACAGAUGUGCUUGUCAGUUGUUUGACCUUAACCAGUUGAGAAUUUCCCUUGGUGGCUGAUGAUAUGCACAUCUCUAAUCACAAGCAAAGUAAUAGGAGAGCAUCAUAGCCAUGUGCUGAGAGGAAUUCUUUAGGGUUUUAAUAAUUCACCUUUGGAAACAUGGGUGUUUCAUUCAACGUCCUUAACCCUUAUUCAGGGACCUUUUGAGCAGGAUGAACUGCUCAAGAUGAAGAAAAUUCUAACUAGGUCCCACCUGCACGGUCAUGCACUGUUUAUCUUGAUAUUAGAUCACCAUGUUGUGCACAUAUGCUUGUGAUGCAUGCGCCCAUUCUACCCUUAUGAGAUGGGUAGUCAUGGUGGGUAUACUGGGCUUUGUAUAUUUUAUUCCAGUGUUACUUUGAUGGCAUGCACUGUUCUCUCAAUGACGGUGAUGAUGAUGAUGAAGAUAAUAAUAAUAAUAAUGAUAAUAAUAAUAAUAAUAAUAAUAAUAAUGAUGAUGAUGAUGAUGAUGAUGAUGAUAAUGAUAAUAAUAAUAACAAUAAUAAUAAUGUGCUAACUGAUUCUUUAAUUAAGUUCUGGAGGUUUGUUAAGUUUAAAUGUGACUUGUAUCAACUUUGCAUCCCUUCCUGGGCCCAUAAAACAAGUUGCAGUAAAUAUGCCAGGUUUAUUUAUUGAAUACUAGCAAUAUAACCCGACGUUGUUCGGGUGUGACUUAUUACGCCAUCUACGAUAAGUCUUGCUAGGUGAAAAUCAACUAAAAAAGAAAGCCUUACAAUGAAAAAACCCUUAUGAGGUAAAUAUGUUCAUAAUUCAAAAGACGAAAUUAAUAGGGAAAGUGUGAAGGCUGUUUUGUGUAACAUUAUUAAGUGUACGUAAAUUUCAUCCGUCUAAUUGGCUAUACAAAUGCUUGUGCAAAACAACUUUUUGCGCUGCCUUGAUUAUACAUAGCAGGGUAAUUCCUUUUCGCAUGAGAUAGGACGGCAACACACACACUAAAUAUAUAUGGGCAACACACACACUAAAUAAAAAAAGAUGUUAGUAAGUAAAAGUGUUUUAAAAAAGAUUGUUAAAUUUUCAGAUUAACACCUGUACGAUUUUCACUAGAGUGUUAGGGUUAGGGUUUGUUAGGGUUAGGUAGGUAAUGAUGCAGGUGUUAAUCUCAAGGUUUACGAAAAGAUUUUCAAAAAAAAACUCAACAAACAUUUAUUCCCUACAAAUUGUGAGUUUGUAGGGAAUAAAUGUUUGUUGAUCGUAUUUGAGAAAGAUGUCUCGAUGGUGAAGGACGGUGUGAGAAAUGGAAAGUAAACUUAUAAUUCCCGCCAAUUAGAAUGAGGUCAUUGGUAACCAUAGGUACAUAUAUAUGUGUGUAUUUACGUAUGAUUGGUAGUGUCUGUUUAUUUGACCCUCACUCUCCUUCGUUUGUCUGCCAUUACAGUAUCGAAAUGUGAUUUGAUACUGAAAUAGUUUAUUUUUUCUCCUUCCUUUCUUUUUGUAUUUGUUGUUGGAUUUUUCAUAAAGGUUCAUAAAGAGAAAGUAGGAGUUGAAAGGAUUUGUAUUAGAAAGAGGAAAUUAGAUUUUAGUAGGGAGAAAAUGUUUACUCGUGUAGUUUUAUGGAUUAUAUUCGUUAUUAGGAAAUUUUUGGAGUGAAAAAAUGACGCAGUGACCUAACAAAUUGUAUUUAGAAUAUUAAUUGCGAUUGUUUAAUCGAAGAAAUUUGGAAUUGUGUAAAUGUAUGAAUUUUAAACAUACACACACACAGAGAAAAUUUGCCUUUUAUAGUAUAGAUAAACACCAGUCACAGAUUUAAUGAAAAAUUAAUGAAAUAUUUAAUCCACUAACACAACUAAUUAUCAAAAUGAUAUAUUGAUACAAAUUCUAUAAUUUUUUGAUUGUUAAUCGUAUUAAUCUGAUAGAUCUCUGCUUAUUGAUCUCAUAAUAAAAUUUCAUCCUAACAGGACAAAUAUUUUACCCAUAACCACAUUCACUUGCACACACAUACAUAUAACCAAACAGAAAAUAAAAGAAGGAAAUAAUAGCUAUCCACCAUAAGAUGUGACUGCAAACUUGAGGGACUGCAAUGUUCAUCAAUACAAUCUUUAUAAACCUUACUCUGUAAUUUUAAUUGGUCAAGCUAUGAGGGUUUGAUAGCUUAUUGGUUCUUGUUCUUAAACUAACCAAAGAAAUAAAGAAAACCUGAAUCUGUGGUUCGGUGAUGUCAAGGACAAAAAUUAACGUCUUGGGACAGUGCUUCUCAACCGGGGUCCAUAUGGCCCUUGGGGAUCUGUAUAAGAUUUUGUUGUUAAAAUUUGUGUGCAAUAAAUUGGUUAUACUUCUACAAUACAUAAAAUAUUUUAAUUUUUUAUACAAUUCCUAACAAUAUUUAAUUAUAAAAAUACAGUAAGAUUCUUUUACAUACAGCAAAUGGGUCCAUAGGCCAAAAAUGGUUGCGAACCACUGUUUUAGGAUAUAAAUAGGAGGGAGAUGAGGUCUUUAGGAUAUACAUUAGUCAUAUAGUUAGGUGCAGUUUCCAUAUUCUGAGGAUUUAAUAAUGUUGGCAAUGAACAAAUAAAUACAUUCGUGUGUGUAAGAGUUAUUUCAGACCCUAAAUGUGUGCGCUUGGUAUUUUAUGGGACCCUGAAGCUUUGUUGAUAUUUUGGACUGAAGGGAUGAAAUCAUGGUUAAGCUGAAAGUGUAUCUUGUGGUUUAUAUUUCUUUGUGUGCUGUUUGGUGACCAAGAUUGAUUUGGUCACCAAACAGCACACAAAGAAAUAUAAACCACAAGACACACUUUCAGCUAAACCAUGAUUUGAUCCCUUCAGUCCAAAAUAUGGAAAAAUGUUUCAAAAGUAAUUAUCUUUCACAUUUGAGAGAUUUUUAACUUAAAAUAUUGAUAAUUAAUUAACACAAGAGCAAUCCAUGACAUUCAUUUUAUUGCUUUGUUAUAAUAAAUAAAGCAAUGAAAUAAUUUUAUAAAAUGAAUUUUU